AUGGUUCACAUCAACCUGGCCUACAGUGCCCCCAUCAAUCCAAGUGCCCACGAAUUUGUGGCUCCUAUUCUCGAAACCGAAAUACUGAGUGAAGAACAAACAGAGUUAGGCACAAGGGUCACCCGGCAAGUCGUUUUUGACAAAGAAGCACGAGGUAGCAACGACAAUGUUGUCAAAGAGGUAGUCUACGAAUUUGCUCCAACGCGUGUCGAUUUCUAUCACCCUGAUGGUAGCAAGAUCUUCAACAUUGUCAGUGUUGACAAAGAGGAAAGCGAACAGGCCAAAGAGUUGCGCGACCAGUAUAUCAAGGGAACCGUGGAGGGUACUAUCGCUACCAUUCGUAAGUUGGUCAAGGAAGGCGAGCUUUGA